UUUCUAGGUUUUUAAAUGUUUAUUGCUCUGGAUGAGUUUGUUCAACCUAGAUUUUGGGAGAGGUUAUUUCACCGGGGUUGGAAGGGAUUUUGAUCAACGCCGUGGUAUAUGAUUAUUCGCAAUUUGUUAUUGGGCGCACGGAAGUGUUGAUUUUGAAAUCGAAGAAAGAUGAAUGUGUCGAAGAGCAAGAUGGGCGAGGAGCACGGGGAUUUCUACUCUGUGUCGCCGAAGAUGGAUUGGAGGAUUAGGUUGUUAAGAAUAAUCUGGGGUUUGGUGAUAUUCAUGGGAGGAGCUUUUCUGGGCUUGUCGGUAACUUCCCGGUAUAAUCAAUACUUGACUACGCAAACUAAUGAUCUUUUCUUUCCGACGAAGAUGUUCACUACAAAUUGUGAUAUGCAGAGGUUAAGUAUAAAGAGUUUUGUUCAUCCCAUGCAUCUUUUUCAUGAUUUAACUGAUGAAGAGCUAUUCUGGAGGGCAACCUUGGUGCCAAAGAUUGAAGAAUAUCCAUACAAGAGAGUGCCCAAGGUGGCUUUCAUGUUCCUUACACGUGGACCGCUUCCGUUUGCUCCCCUUUGGGAUAGGUUCUUUAGAGGACAUGAACGCUUCUACUCUGUUUAUGUGCAUUCUAUUCCAAACUACAAGCUCAAUGUCUCAGAAACUUCAGCAUUCUAUGAGCGCCAAAUCCCUAGUAAGGAGGUUUCAUGGGGAUCGAUUUCACUUGUGGAUUCAGAAAAGAGACUUUUGGCCAAUGCUUUAUUGGAUUUCUCCAAUGAACGGUUUGUUCUUCUCUCAGAAAGCUGCAUCCCUGUUUAUGAUUUUCCCACAGUCUACAAGUACCUUAUCAGUUCCAAGCAUAGUUUUGUCGAGUCCUACGAUGAAGAUUCGCCCCGUGGACGUGGUCGUUACAACCGUCACAUGUACCCUAAUAUCAAGCUCAGCAAGUGGAGGAAAGGAUCCCAGUGGUUCGAGCUUAACCGGGAGUUAGCUGUGAAAAUAGUUGCAGAUUACAAUUACUAUGCCAUAUUUAGAAGAUACUGCAAGCCCUCUUGCUACCCGGACGAGCAUUACAUCCCGACGUACUUGAACAUGUUCCAUGGAGAAUUGAAUGCUAACCGGACUGUAACUUGGGUCGAUUGGUCAAGAGAUGGGCCUCACCCUGCCACAUAUGGCAAAGAAAAUAUCACAAUGAAAUUCAUCCAAUCAAUUAGAAAUAAUGGAACCAUCUGCACAUACAACAAUGAGCCAACUACUCUCUGCUAUCUCUUUGCGAGAAAAUUUGCUCCCAAUGCAUUAGAACCUCUACUAAACAUGACUUCAGAAGGGAUGAAAUUUUGAAUUCUAGUGCCUUUGGCUUUCAGAGCUCCAUUUUUGCCCUCCUAUUGUGCUUGGGUGAGGAGAGUAACUUGUCUGCUUUACCUAUUUUUUUGAGAAGGAGGUGGCGGUCAUAGGAAGUUUGGUGGAAAAUUCACCAAAAAUCUUUUCUCCCAAGCAGUCUCUUGUUAUCGAAGGAGUUAUACUUUGACAGAGCUAACAUUUAUAGCAACAGCAGUGCAGAAAGUGUAUACUCAGCAUUGGCGAUUCCAUAUUUGGUUGAAUACAAAGUAAAACAUUAUUUCCCUGAUAUUGUACGAAUAGACAUUCUGUUUGCAAUGUGUUUGAUCAUUUUUCCGAUUAUACGGUCUUCCAUGAUGAAGGGAAGAACAAA